AGUAGUGAGAGCUCCGUGGAUACACGAAGGACAAUGUUGAAUUAGGAAGUUUGGUUCGGUUUAAUAAGUCCCUUGGAGAAGAAUCGUUUGCAAAACAUCGAUAAAUACUAAUCAAGCCCGGACCACAGUACAAGAUGAAAGAAGCCAACAUAUGCAGGAAAUGAUAAAACUUAUAUAUGGCAGGAGCAGAAUGCCUGAGCAGCAAAGAACAAUAUAUUCUGGGGGAGUUCAACCCACUUCUUCCUGAAGUAACUGACUAUUUGAGGAAAUCUCUGAGAUCUGUCACCCAUAACUAUGACAAUGAGGCCAGCAAAAAUCAAGAAGAUAAUACAUGUAUCAAGAAGCCAUUUAUAACAGACUUUAAUGAAUUCCAUCAUGAUAUAGAUAAAGCUCUUACAUCUUUAUCUUUGCCACCCAGAUUUACUACUGUCAGAGUUAACUUACUUAAAACUAAUGUGAGUGAAGCUGUGGCCCUUGUAGAAGAGCAGCUCAGACUCCAACAUGUGGGAAAGAGUACUCCCCUUCCUUUAGUGUACCAGCAUCACAAGCUGCCAGAUUUAUUAGUUGUAGAGUCUCAUGGAAUCCAGAAGGUAAAGCCAGCAACAAAAGAGGUGGUAGUAGGACGAAUGUGUGGCUCAGCAGUUCUGCGUGGAGCAGAGGUGUUUGCUCCUGGUGUUUUAGGAGCUACUCCGGAUCUUCAAGUUGGAGAUGCAGUAGCUGUGUUUGCCGAUCUAAAUGACACUUGCUUAAGAGGAUGCAAAGAUUUCAGAGGUUCCAAGAUGUUCCUGGGGAAUGGUACUGCACUGCAGAGUAGGAAGGAACUUUUUCAAGCAUCCAAAUCCACUGGUGUAGCAGUGUCUAUGAAAGAACAGAUAUUUGACUCUCCAAGUUUAGGAAGCUGUCACUUGAAUUUGUUGUUCCUCCAAAACUUGCCAUCAGUUUUAUGUGGUCAUAUUCUUAAUCCAAGUAAACACAUGAAAGUCCUAGACAUGUGUGCAGCUCCUGGUGGUAAAACAACACAUAUUGCAAUGCUUAUGUGUAACACUGGGCAGGUCAUUGCUGUUGACAGGUCACAUAAUAAGAUUGAGCAAAUUAGAUCAAAUGCUCACAGAUUAAGCCUCACCAAUAUAACCGCUUAUAAGUAUGAUAGUACAAAUUUAAUUCUGACAUCUGAUGAUAAAAAUCUCAAAAGUGAUGAGGAGAAAGGGGGUGAGGUAUUUAAUAAGAUUCCUUCAAAUAUUAAUGUAGAUAAAAUCUGUAGUGAGUUGGCCAACAGUGCUGAAGACCUAAAGUUUAGCUCCCCUGCUCCACCGUACGCGCCUUCAUCAUUCAAAUGGAUUUUACUUGAUGCUCCAUGCAGUGGACUUGGUCAGCGUCCUCAGAGUCAUACCAAAACAAAUAUUAAAGAAUUGCAUUCAUUUCCUGUUGUGCAGCGUAAACUGUUGAAGACGGCUGUAGAGUUACUUGAGCCAGGAGGUAAACUUGUAUACAGCACAUGUACUAUUGUUACUGAGGAGAAUGAAAAAAUGGUUAAAUGGCUUCUGGAUAAAUUUCCAAAUGUUGAACUGAUAAAUACAACUCCUAAGCUUGGUAAACCAGGACUACCACACUGCGGACUAACCAAGGAACAGUGUGAGAAAGUGCAAAGGUUUGGUCCUUUUCCUUACACUAAUGUACAUGUACAGCAUGUUGAUGAAGACACCAUAGGCUUUUUUGUUGCAGCAUUUAAGAAAUUAUGUUAAUUAAAAACAGUUAAAAAUAACUGCAUUUAUACAAAAACCAUGUACUGUACUGUACUGUACAAGAUUCUUAAGAUAAUAUUUUUUAUACAGUGGCAGUUUUGGUAAUUAUAAAGGUUUUCAUUACUGUACACUAGUUAAGUUUGGGUAAUAUUUUAUCAACAUUGAUUAGCCAAGUAUGGUAUGGUAUUAAAUUUUGUAACAUUGUAAUAUAGUCAAGAGGAAGUGAUAAACAGGACAGUAUAUACAGUGCAAUAUUAAUUUCAUAUUUUACAUAAACACUGAUAUUUUGUAUGUACUGUACUGUACUGUGUUGAAAAUAUUACCCUCAUUACAUUCACAUUUCUUUAUUACAGUGAAACCUCUAUUUAACAGAAUACAGGGAGAUGAAAUUCUUUUAUAUAUCAACGGUCUGUUAGAUGUGAACCCCCCCCAUUUAAUGGGUUGUAUGGAGAGAGACGUCCGUUAUAUGGAGGUGUCACGGAAUUGUAAAUCCUGUCAUCUUUGUAUAACACGUUCAGUUUAUAUUGUUAUAUUUUCCAAAAUAAAUUUUAACAUCUACA